UCCAACGGAGAGACGCAGGAGCUGAGAGGACUCCUCACCGCUAACAGCUCAGACCCGCAUCUGCCCGGGACCUCCGCAGGAAGUGGACCGAGGGGGACACGGGACUCGAGCACAACACAAGUGUACACCUGAAACAAGAGCUCUGAAACACGGUUGCAGCAGCCCCGCGGUGGAUGAGCGCUCAGAGAUGGAGGCGUCGCUGCUAAUGCUCGUCUGCGUGCUGGCUGCUGCUGUCGGCCAGGAGCCGGACCAGAGCCACGGCUGUGCCCAUGGUAGCUGUUACCCAGCAACGGGGGACCUGCUGAUUGGACGAGAGAAGAACCUGAAGGCUUCGUCAACGUGUGGGAUGAGGAAAAAAGAGCCGUACUGUAUCGUCAGUCAUCUGCAGGAUGAGAAGAAAUGUUUUGUCUGUGACUCCAGACGACCGUAUGACCCGGUUUACAACACCAUCAAUCAUCGGAUAGAGAACGUCAUCACCGCCUUCAAACCACAUCGUAAAAAGUCCUGGUGGCAGUCGGAAAAUGGAAAGUCAGAUGUUUUUGUCCAGCUGGACCUGGAAGCAGAGUUUCAUUUCACUCACCUUGUCAUGACUUUCAAGACUUUCCGUCCAGCUGCCAUGCUGAUUGAACGAUCUGCAGAUUUCGGUCGAACCUGGCAUAUCUAUCGCUACUUCUCCCAUGACUGCUCUACCACCUUUCCCGGAGUGCCCCAGGGUCCUUUACGCAACAUUAAUGAUGUCAUCUGUGAAUCACGCUACUCUGACAUUGAGCCUUCAACAGAGGGAGAGGUCAUCUACAGAGUGUUGGAUCCAGCCAUCAGGAUAGAGGAUCCAUACAGCCCAAGCAUCCAGAACCAGCUAAAGAUCACCAACUUAAGAGUGAACUUCACCAAACUUCACACGCUGGGAGACAACCUGCUGGACCCCAGAGCUGAAAUAAAAGAGAAGUAUUACUACGCCAUAUAUGAGAUGGUCGUACGUGGAAACUGCUUCUGCUAUGGCCACGCCUCCGAGUGCGCCCCUAUAGAAGGCAUCAGGGAUGAUAUUGAGGGAAUGGUUCAUGGCAGGUGUGUGUGCAACCAUAACACCAAGGGUUUGAACUGUGAGCAGUGUGAUGACUUUCACAAUGACCUGCCGUGGAGGCCGGCAGAGGGACGCAACACCAACGCCUGCAAGAAGUGUAAUUGCAAUAGCCACUCGAGCAUGUGCCACUUUGACAUGGCAGUGUAUUUGGCCAUGGGAAAUGUCAGUGGAGGAGUCUGUGACGACUGUCAGCACAACACCAUGGGACGCAACUGUGAGACGUGCAAACCUUUCUACUACAAAGACCCUUCCAGGGACAUCAGGGACCCUCGGGUCUGCAUAGCCUGUGACUGUGACCCCGAUGGUUCAGAGAAUGGAGGAAUGUGCGACAGCCACACAGACCCUUCCCUCAGCAUGGUGGGAGGUCAGUGCCGCUGCAAAGCAAAUGUGGAGGGGCCAAGGUGUGACAAGUGUAAAACCGGCUACUUCGGCCUGAGUGCUGACAGUCCUCAAGGAUGCCAACCUUGCCGAUGUGAUCACAGAGGAACAGUGUCAGGUAACUCCCAGUGUGACCCGGUCAGUGGAGACUGCUUCUGCAAGCGUCUCGUCACUGGACGCAGCUGCGACCAGUGUUUGCCUGAACACUGGGCUCUGAGCCACGACCUGAACGGCUGCAGGAGCUGUGAGUGUGACAUCGGAGGAGCUCUGGACAACCACUGCUCUAUGGAGAAUGGUCAAUGUCGCUGCCGCAGUCACAUGACAGGUCGCCAGUGUACACAGGUGGAGUCUGGGUAUUACUUCAUGGCUCUGGAUCACUUCCUGUAUGAGGCCGAGCUGGCUCAGAUGGGUCAGGGCUGUACAGUAGAGACCAGAGAACACCAGCCUGGUCGUCCUGCCACGUGGACGGGCAUGGGGUUUGCUCGGGCACCCGAAGGUGGCACCUUGGAGUUCACCAUCAGUGACAUCCCCUACUCCAUGGAAUAUGACCUGCUGAUCCGCUACGAGUCACAGAUGCCUAGAGACUGGGAGGAGGUGCGUAUAACCGUGGUCCGUCCUGGCCUGAUCCCAACCAGCAGUCCCUGUGGAAACACCAUCCCAGACGAUGACCGGAUCACUGUCUCCCUGCCCGCUGGAGCCAGGUUUGUGGUUCCACCUCAGCCCGUGUGUCUGGAGAGAGGAGUGACUUACACCCUUCGCUUUGAGUUCAGACGCUAUCAGGAUGCCAACAGUAUCCUCAAUGGAGCUGCCAAUGCUGUCGUUCUUGUCGACUCAAUUGCCUUAAUGCCACGUCAUUCGUCCAUGGAGAUGUUUAACGCUGGGGAUCCAGCUUCCAACAUCAGGAGGCAGACCUAUGAGCGCUACCGCUGCCACGAGGGGGCCAAGAGUUUGGCCCGCCCACUGAUGAGUGACACCUGUGCCAAACUGAUCACCAGCAUGUCUGCCAUCAUAAAUGAUGGAGCUUUGUCAUGCAACUGUGACCCUCAGGGGUCCAUCAGCUCUGUGUGUGAUGUCCGUGGGGGCCAGUGUCGCUGCAGGCCGAACGUGAUUGGCCGACAUUGUGACCAGUGUGCUCCAGGAACUUAUGGCUUUGGACCUUCUGGAUGCAUAGCCUGCGGGUGCAGCUUGGAAGGCUCUGUGACUCGACUUUGUCACAAGUUCACCGGUCAGUGCCAGUGCCGUCCCGGAGCAUUUGGGCUACGCUGCGAUGGAUGCCAGGCGGGUCACUGGGGCUUCCCUAGCUGCAGACCCUGUCAGUGUAACGGCCACGCUGACGAGUGUGACCAGAGGACCGGAGCCUGCAUCGGCUGUAGGGACAACACUGGAGGAGACAAGUGUGACAGGUGUGCAAAUGGUUACUAUGGUAACCCAGUUUUGGGCAUUGCAUCCGGUGGUCAGUGUCGUCCUUGCCCCUGUCCAGAUGGACCCAACAGUGGACGCCACUUUGCUGCGUCUUGUUACCAGGACAACCGUAACAGACAAAUAGUCUGCAACUGUAACCAGGGUUACACAGGGAUUGUUAAACGCUCCGGGGUGACCAUUUUUAAGCGUGCCCGAUGUGAGGAAUGUGCCCCAGGUUACUAUGGCAACCCCUCCCAACCAGGAGGGCGCUGCCAGCUGUGCCAGUGCAACAACAACAUCGACAUGUCAGACAUGGAGGCCUGCGACAGACGGACCGGAGAGUGCAGGAAAUGCCUUUACAACACAGAGGGCCCAAACUGCGGCAUCUGCAAGAGCGGCUAUUAUGGGGACGCAUCCCGACGAAACUGCAGGAAAUGCACAUGUAACUACAUGGGCACUGAAAGCAGCCAGUGUAUACAGCGUGGCGACUGUGUAUGUCAGCGGACCACAGGGCAGUGCCAGUGUCUACCAAAUGUCAUGGGUCUGGCAUGUGACCACUGUGCCCCCAAUCACUGGAACCUGGCAAGCGGAAGAGGCUGUGAACCCUGUGGCUGUGAUCCCCACAACUCAGUCACCUCCUCUUGUAAUGAGUUCUCUGGGAAAUGUCAGUGCCGCGAUGGUUUUGGAGGGCAAACCUGCACAGACUGUCAGGAGAACUAUUGGGGGGACCCCAGAACACAGUGCAGAGCCUGCGACUGUGACUGGCGUGGUAUUGAAAUUUCUCAGUGCAACAGAGUGACGGGCCACUGUGUUUGCCAGCAGGGGGUAUCAGGUGUCCGUUGUGAUCAGUGUGCCAGAGGCUUCUCUGGCCAGUUUCCAAACUGUCAGCCCUGUCACCAGUGCUUUGGGGACUGGGAUCGCAUUGUGCAGGACCUUGCAGUGCGCACAAAGACUCUAGCAGAGCGCGCUCAUGAGAUUCAGACUACCGGGCUUACCGGGCCCUAUGAGAAGGCUUUUAGAGACCUGGAGGAGAAGCUGGCAAAGGCUCAGGGGAUUGUCAACGCACGCAACGCCACUGCUGCUGCCGUUGCUACUCUAAUGGAGCUUAUUGAAGAUCUAAGAGCUCAGAUCAGUGACGCCACUGACACCCUGAACCGUGUGGAGGGAGACCUGACCAUUGUCCAGGACACCAACUCUGAGGCGAGCAAGGAGCUGAGUGCUCUGGAGAGAGAGGCCAAAGAACUAAACCUCACCUCAGAACAGCUGCACCACCAACUGGACAUCCUCAAAAACUCCAACUUCCUAGGUGCGUAUGACAGCAUCCGUAGCUCCUACAACAAGUCUCGUGAUGCAGAGCGUCGUGCCAAUGAAUCAACAACCACUAGACCAAGCACAGUCAGUCAAUCUGCAGACACUCGCCGCCGCACAGAGCGCCUAAUCAGUGCCAAGAAGGAUGACUUCAACCGUAAAAAUGCUGCAAACAAGCGUGCUCUUGGAGACCUCAACACCAGAGCACAGGGCCUGGACAUGAAGAAGCUCAAUGAGAAGGUUUGUGGUGCUCCUGGUGACACUACCUGUGAGGACAGCCCAUGUGGGGGAGCAGGUUGCCGUGACGACGAAGGGAACCGACACUGUGGAGGCCUUAACUGUAAUGGUGCUGUAGCAGUUGCUGAAAAUGCUCUGGAGAGAGCCAAACACGCAGAGAGUGAGCUGAACAAAGCUAUGGAGGAUGUGGAGGGGCUGUUUACCAAGGUGGCAGAUGCCAAGACCAAAGCUGAGGAGGCCAAAAGUAAAGCCCAGGCUGCUCUGGACAAAGCCACAGCCACCAAAAACAGAGUGGAGAGCUCCAACAAUGAUCUAAGGGAUCUCAUCAAACAGAUCCGAGACUUCCUCACUCAAGAGGGAGCGGACCCAGACAGCAUUGAAGAAGUGGCCAACCGUGUGUUGGAGCUCUCCAUCCCAGCUUCCCCGCUACAGAUCCGACACCUCGCUGAUGAAAUCAAAGAACGAGUCCGCAGCCUUUCCAACGUGGACGACAUUCUGGAGCAGACACAGGAGGAUGUCCGCAAAGCAGAAGAACUGCUGCUGGAUGCCAAGAGGGCAAGGCAUAAUGCAGAGGGGGUGAAGACUACAGCAGAGACUGUGAAACAAGCCCUGGUAGAUGCCAAGAAUGCACAGAUGUCAGCAGAAAAGGCCAUCGCAAGAGCCAAAGCUGAUAUUGGGGAGACUGAGGCACGAUUGGCUCAGAUUGAGUCAGAGACAUCCAACAGUGAGAAGGAUCUGAAUGAUGCCAUGGACCGCCUGAGCACACUGGGACAGGAGAUCACGGCCCUGAAGACCAAACGAGCCAACAACAGCAUGGCAGCGGCCCGAGCAGAGGAGACGGCAACCAUGGCUCGAGACAAGGCGAACGAAGCCAAGCAGAUUCUGGACGGCCAGCUGACAGAUAAAUACCAUGAGGUGCAGCAGCGGGUCGACACAAAGGCCAAGGCUGUGAAGGAUGCCAAGAAAAGAGCCGAGAGCCUCAGAGAUGAAGCGAAGGAGCUGCUGAGAGAUGCCCAGAACAAGCUGCAGAGAUUAGCAGAGCUCGAGAAAAACUAUGAGGAGAACCAGAGGAGGCUGGAGGGGAAAGCUCGUCAGCUGGAUGGCUUGGAGGACAAGAUGAAAGCCAUCCUCAAUGAUAUCAACAAACAGAUCCAGAUCUACAACACAUGCCAGUGAUUUACUUCUCCAUGCCAGAAGAAUUAUCAGGAUUUUUCAGCUAAUUUCUCUGCAUUCACUAACUGUUCAAUAGACUCUAAGAAAACAAACAUAACUGCAACUGAAGUGAACAUGCAUAUAUUGUCAGCAAACCAUCUAUUAUGAAGAUAUUUAAUACAGUUGCUAUCAUAUUAAAAUAUUUAUAGCCAUGUUCCAACGUGUAAUGGUUGUCUUAUAUCACAUAUUUAAAAUCUAGUUUAAACCUGAGUGCACUAUUUUGUUUUUAAGUUGGAAAUGUAUGGGAUAAUAUUUUAUAAAAGUCUGCUGACUUUCAGGUUUUAAAUUUGGCUAAUGCUAUCCAUGGUCAACACUGUUUGUGUGUGCCUUUUACUUCACAAUCAACAGAUUUAUGCCAUUUUUCAUAAUUUUCUAUAAAGACUUUGUUAUGACUGAAGUAUAUUCUGAGCUGUGCUCAAGAUGACUUAACUACACUGUAAACAACAGAACCAGCAAUAUUUGAGCUAAAAUCUGCUAAGAUGUAAUUGUCAGUGUAUUUUCAUAUACAAAUGUGACAGCUGUGUUGUUAUGAAUCCUAUUUUUGUAACUAAUCUUCCUUUCAUACAUAUAACAUGGAAUCAAAGAUAUGACCGUUUUCUGUGUGAAUAAGGUUGACUACUUUUCUUUGCAUUUACAAAUAGAGAACAGAGAAAACCACCUCUGCCUGGAGUAAGAGGAUGGUAUUACACUGAUGCUACACAGGAAUAUGGUUGAUGGUUGUUUAAUUUAAUAGUGUAUGUGAGCAGCUUAGCUCUGGUCACACUACUAUCUAUCAAGUAUAUAAAGCAGAAUUUAGCUAAACACUCAUCCAGAGUGGAUUAUAGCAACUUUUUUAUUGUGGGACAAAUAAAUACUUCGUUGUUGAGCAAUGUCUAAACAGCUUGUCUGGCAUGUCCCACAGUGGUCAGUGUACCUAAAGUGAUCCCUUAUCACCCUCAAAACACACUUAAAAGACACUAUAGUUUGAUGUUUUCCUGGGUAUGCUGUUUCUCCUGCUAAAAAGAAAGGUAGGACUAAUUUGCUGCUAACCAUCAAUCUGUUAUGGUAGCUUUUAUUAGUGGCCUGGCUCUGUUCAAAGACUCAAGAAUCACCUGUAAAAUUCCUCAGUAACUAAGAUGUAUCUCUAAUUUACUGUCCCUGCGUAGAAAAACUUUUAAAGACUUAGGCAUGUUGGCCUCAUGGUCAAUGGAAUAGUUCUAAAAAUACAACCCUUUACUUUUGCACUUGCCUUUUGUUUGAAUUACACACACAGACAUAACUUGAUGCCAUUUAAACCUGAUCUCUGCUAAAAGACUUCCUUUUUCUACAUUUGAACAGAACCAGGCUUGCCAUUUUCUUCUGUUUCUAUUCCAAAUGCUAAGCUAACUGCCCCAAAGAAAGAAGAGUAUGAACCAUAUUAGUUUCCUUAUCUAAUUGUAUCAGAUUGUCAAAAUAUUUGUAUGAAUGCUAUGCUUGUAAUGCACUGUGUGAAUAUUUGUUCAGCAAAUGUACUGUGAUGGAUUACUCAAGACCUGCAGUAUUUUGACUUCACUAAAGAGUAGUAGUAUUUUAAAGUAAGUCUCGAGGCGUGCCGUUUUAUCUUUGAUAUGUACUCAUUUGUAUGACCAUUUUUGUUGCAUAUGAAACAAAAGAAACCAAAAACUAGAUGAACACAUUUCCCUCAGAUCACCAAUCAUCUGUCACAUUAUUUUGAUACGGAAUGCCAAAGCAGUAAUACCACAACGAGCAGUAAAGUUUAACUGUAUUCAGUUUGUGAAUAAAGGUUGUAUUACUUAA